AUGGAGAUGGCUAGUGUGUCAGGUGAAAUGAGCGGCGCGUCCGCCUCCUCCUCCGCGUUGUUUCCACUCCCGGAGUGGCCCGAAGAUGGCACAGGGACGUUUCAAGAGCCUCGUGCUCAAAAGGGGGGUGCAUAUCGUGACGAUGAAGUGGUCUACGACCGCGGCGGCUUCUCUGCGCGUGUGGCCGUCUUGCCCCCCAGGAGCCUCACGGUGUUGCAGAACAAGUCAGCCCUGACCGCCCAGAGCUUCGACAGACAAAUUGGAGACCGAAGGUCUUUCAAUGCCACAGAGCUGUCAGUGGACGGCCCGUCGCGCGAGCUCCCGCCAGGUGAUCACGUUGGGGUCGAGGUGGCUACUAGUGCUCACGAAGGGCCCACCUACCUUGGACUGAUCAUAGACGACUUUUUCACCCUCAGUGAGGCUCCCACAAAGUCCAAAGCCCUCCUGGACAAAGCCCUUGUUGCCUAUGACAGGCUGAAUAUUCCAGGGUCCUCGGAGAAGGACCAGUUGAAUGAGCUUACGUUCAUAGUCGCUGGAGCCCAAAUUGACUCCAGUGAACAGGCGAUUCGGGACAGCAUGAUCUCAGUUGCUUCUCCUGCUGCGAAGCGGUGCGCUUUGUGUCUUGCAUCCCUGGCUGCAGCGUGGCUUCGUGUCACAUCGAGGGCCCUCCUCGAAAGGAUCACUGGGAGCUGGGUCCACUGUAUGAUGUAUCGGCGCCCCACCUCCGUCGUCUUCGCAAAGAUAUAUCGAUUGAUUCAUUCUCCCGAUAUGCAACAUGCGUCGAACGAAGCUGUCUUCAGCCUCUCAAGGGGGGUUGCCGAUGAGCUGGUGCUAGCCAGCGUGCUGUCGUUCGUGAUGGCAACGAACAUUGGAGCCCAGAUUGUCCCCACCCUCUUCGCUUCGGAUGCCUCUAUGGCGAAAGGAGCUCUUGUCAGCACGCCGCUUUCAGAAGAGGAGGCUGCCCUCCUGUGGAUAACUUCGGAUCGGAAGGGUGGAUACUCGCGCCUGGACCCUGCUGCAAGGGCCCUCCUGAGGAGCGUGGGUGACCCGAUGCUCGAGGAAACUAGGUUAGCAGGCCUUCCCCCUCUGCCCGCAAAGAAUCCUCCUUUGAAGUUUGAUUUCCUCGAAAUCGGGCUAGGCACAGGUGUUGGCCAGGUCACGGCUUGCUGUCUUAGCCAGGGCAUUGUGUGCUGCCCUCCGCUCGAUCCUUUUGUCAGCAGGCAGUAUGACCUCAGGAGCAUUGAUGUUAUACAUUGGGUAGUCAGCAUGCUCCAGGAAGGUAGGAUUCUCAGCGUCUUUGUCGUGGUCUCUGAGACCCACCAGGACCUGGGACUGAAGAGGGCUCUGGCGAUCCUCCUAUGCGCUCGUUCCUAUGAUAGAGCUGCUGCGGUGCUGGGGCCCGACCACCUUGAGCAAAAUCAAUCUGAGAUCUGGGCUCAGGCUUGCAGUCGCAAAGGCACCGAGGAGAUCACUUGCAAGCUUGGCUAUGAAGGGGAUUGCAGGGGUAUUCUCGAGUCCUCGGGUCCAACCUCGCUCUUCAACGGUUGGAUGAGGAGAUUUGCCAGGGCACACCAUGUCGAAGUCGCUGGCCUGGAGUCCCCCGUCCUCAACGACUUUCUCUCCUCUAGAGCCUGGGGUCUUGUCAAGGUUUGGUCUUGGAAGUACCCUGAGCACAUAAACCCAGCAGACAGGGAAGAUCGUCGUGUCUUACAUCUGUUUGACUCUUCGGUGUCCCUCGCUGCGGCCACCAAGGGGCGAACUUCGAGUCACAAAUUACGGAGAGUUCUUUGCCAAGUGAAUGCGCUGGCGUUAGCAAAAGGUGUGUUCUGUGCUGAAGGCUUUGCGCCUACUCGCUUGAACGUUGCUGAUGACCCCACUCGUAGCCACGAGAUCAGAAGCCCUGCUGGAGCCUCUCUUGUGCGCGCUGUUCCCCCUGAAGUGCUUGGCCAGCUAGCUCGCAUCAGGGUGCGCAGAUUUGCUGCGAAUUGGCUUCGGCUCGCUGUCCUUUUGACUUUCUGCGUGCCUUGCGGUAGCAUUUCUGCCCCUCGGCUCCCUCAUAGCGAGUCGACGUGUGAUCCGACUGUGGACUCUUUGCCCCCUUUCUCCUCCUCCGGUGCAGGCACCUUCAUCGCCGGCCCGGUUUUCUUCUCAAGCUCCACCUCCUGCGGAGCAGACUUCGACUUCAAUUGGACUUCUGUGGAUUUGUCGCCUCCGUCACUCGAGGAAUCUGUCGAUUGGACUUUCGUCAGCCUUGCCUGCCUCGCCUCCUACCUCCUUGCUUUCUGUCACUUCCCUGGCCGCUUUGUUUUCGGGGUUGGUUUGUUAAUAAGCCUCUGCCGCCAUGGAUGCUCAGCAGCGCCCGCUGGUACUGGGUACGCGCAACGGGCUGCCGCCAGGGCAGCUACCAACCUGUUCGAACGACGCUCGGUUUUACCCAGAACGGACACGCAUCGUCAGAGGAGAUUGGCAGAUUUCUCCAGAUGGCUUGAAGAUUCGAGCCAGUACUCCCUGGAAGAGAUUGUUGGCGCCUCUGGUAUUGGGCCGGAGGUUGUGAACACACUGCUCGUCGAGUUUGGUCAGCCCAUACUCAGACGCCAGCUGACAGCUGCAUGGGACAUGGCGUUCAACUGGCUAGAAGUCGAAGCAGGCCUCUUCUCACUUAUGUGGGGAGGGCUAUGCAGACCUGGUGAAGUGAUUUUCUCACUUAGAAGACACCUCGUGCUGCCUGAAGAUGUUUUAGGUCGGUGGCUGAGCCCCCGAGUAAUGGAAAUCUACCUCCAAGAAGUGGAAGCGGCGACCUUUCUUUCAGACCAGCGUCCAGAAGUCCGUGCGAAGGUUCUCCAAUGCGAAGGUUCCGGCUUCGUCUUGGUACUUCUUGUUUGGCCUCGCAUCUAUAUCGUGCUGCGUGCCAGUGCCUUCGAGGGAGCUGCCCGGUUCUCUUCUUUCAAAGCCUUCAAGAGUGCCGUGGGCCCUCUGGAGAACUCGUCUACUGUGUGCCACGCCUUUGCUUCCUUGGCAGAGGCCGAAGUCUUCUGUGAAGCUGCUGGCUUCGACUUGCCAGCCGCCAUUGCAAUACCGGUCUUGAAGCGGCAGGAAGGGGCAGAAGCAGAUGCGCUGGCCACUGUGGGCCACUCUCGACAGGUGAAGGUGCCCUUUGGCAUGGCCGACGAGCAGGGGACAGAGCAGCCUGUGGACUUGGAGGAUUUUGGGCUCGACAGCGUCUUUCCUUUUAUUCUGCACCACCCCCUGUCAGACGAUCCCCUAGGAGCCGCUCGCGAAUGGCUGGCCGAAGCCCCUCACGACCGCCUGGCCUUUUACUCAGCACAGGAGGAGCUUCCUCUUGCACAGGUGAAGCCCAAAGGCAAGAGGUCACCACAAGCCAAAAAGCGGGUUACUACGGCGGACCUUGCCGCCCAGAUGACCCACCUCACUGCUUUGCUUCCUCAGCUCACCGAGCAGCUGACCACGAUGCAGUCAAGGCAGGAUGCUCUGGAGAAGCAGGUGCAAGGCCAGCCGGCCCAGGUGGAUGUUCCGAAGCUUCCCCAUCAGCAGCACUUUGUUCCGCUCAAGGGGCCGGGGAUCACACUGGGCAAGCAGGCUUCGCUUUUGGGCCCCCCUCCUCGCACGCGACCCCUACUAGAAGCAACACCGGCCGUUGCUGCAGGCGUGGGCCCUCUUCCUUUGGCCGCCUCUCCUGUGAUCGACGGCCCCCAGGAGCCCUUUCAAAGUGCGCUUUUGCAACAGAGCCAGGCAUUGUCUGCCCUUGUGGGCCACCUGGUGGCACAGCAAGAAGGGGGGCUGAGCGAUUUGACUGCCUCCUCCUCCAGCAGCAUCGGGGCCAAGGGUGCAGCCAAGAGGGAGAAGCUUCAGGCGGCAUUGGCCGCAAGGUCGGGCGACUUUCUCUCUGUUCUUCAGGCAGCGGCUCGCCGGAUGCAGCCUUCCCAGCCGAUCCCAGCAUCGCUAAGCGAAUGCUCCUCGCAGGUGUCGAUGUGCCAAUACCUCGAACGGUUCGGCACCUUUUCGGGCCAGCGCGAGGCCGGCUACACGAUGUGGUGCCUGGCUCAUGUGAUGGAUUGCCUGGCACAGGAGGACAUAGCAGGGGCAAGGGAGUUCCUGGCCCUAACUUUUGUGGCCAUGGACCAGGCCUCCAUCGACGGGGGCCGAUGGGACUUUGCCUGGUUGUUGACUCUGCUAGAGGAACCACCAAUGCAGAUGUUCAGGGGCAUGGGCCAGGUUGCAAAUCCCAGGACCCGGGCGUUUUCUCCACUGUCGCCGGUGUCUUGGACCACUUGUGCUUUGCAGUACCUGAAGGAGGUCGAUCUGAUAUCGAGCCGCAGGCUGGAGACUCUCGGCCAGCAUCGGGCCCCUGCCGCCACACCCGCCGCGGACGACGUGCAGGCACCUCCUGCCAAGCCCCGCCGUGCUCCGAAAUACCCUCGCAAGCCAAAGCCAGAGGCGUUCGGUGCCUCUGCCAAUGAGUUCGCUCUCCCUGACUCGGGCCGCCGCAAUCCACAAUUAAUUGCAAGACUUUCGGAGCCGGUGGCCUUCCUCACGGCUGCCUCUGCCAACACGGGAGAUGCUUAUGCUGACCUGUCAGGUACUGCUGUCCCCACGCACAACGAUGCCUUUCCUGGCUUGGAGCCUUUUAGUUCCCUGAACGUUUCUCGUUUGAAGCUUUCGGGCCAUGGCUCCUGGAACCCUGGGCCCUUCUUGUCUGAUGAGCUCUUCAUGGCUUUCAACGAGCCCCGCUCCCUUCUGCACGGGGGCCCUCCACCUGAGGAUUUUGUGCCGGUCUGGACUCGGGAAAGUCUUCGGGAAACAGCCGCCCUGGCUUCUCUUUGGGACGGCCUUGGGCUUUUGCACUUCGAGCCUGCGCGGCUUCGUGCUUCUGAGUCUUACCGGCUAGCACGGGCCUUCAACUCCUACAAGAGCCCAGACAAGGACAGGAUGAUAAUCGAUCGGCGGGGGCAGAACCAUGCCGAGUCCCGCCUGGCCGGCCCCAGUCUGUUCAUCCCGGUCGGCCCCAUGCUGAGCGUGAUCGAGGCCGACCCCUCUUGCGAACGCGUGCUCUGCUCCGUCCAGACCGCAAAGAUUUUUAUCACCAGUUCGCGGCCAGCCGGCCGAAAGCUUCACUCACUACCUUGGGCCCCGCCUUGCCUUUUUCUUGGCUCUGCCACACGGCUGCUUUUGCUCGUCUUCAGGAACCCGCUCCUCUUUGAGGAGGGCUCCCUCCUGGUUUGCUUCCGAGUGAUUGGUCAGGGCGAUCACCUAGGUGUCGAGUUUGGCAGCGCAGCCCACGGGGCUUUGCUGGAGUCCGUGGGUUUUCUGGGCGAUGCUGAGCGUUUGUGCUCUAACAAGCCUUUCAAGGGCGACCGUUGCGCCCAGGGUCUGGCGAUCGACGAUUUCUUCUCGGUCUGUGUGCAGAGGGAUGAUGAUAGGGCCGAGCCCGUGUGUAAUGAGCAUGUUCGGCGAGCUAAAGCUGCGUACCAGCGGGAGAACCUUGCGGGCUCGGAUGAUAAGGAUGUUUGGGGCGAGCCUGUCGCCAAAGUAGCCGGCGCCGAAAUCAACUCAAGCAGGGAGGCCCGUAACCUCGGCCUUAUCACCCUGGCUUCUCCUGCCUGCAAGAGGCUUGCUUUGGCAGUGGUGUCUCUUGAAGCGGCCAGGUUUUCGCAAAUCACUGACGGCCUGAUGCUGUCACUGCUUGGUCGUUCCCUGUGGCUCUCUGUCCUCCCCCGCUCGGCUGCCGAAGAGCUGGUGCUGCUUAGUGUUUUGUGCCCGCUUGCUGCUGCUGAGCUAAGUGCUCCUCUCAGUCCCACGGUUCAUGCCACAGACGCCUCGGAGCACAAAGGUGGCUAUGUGUCGGCCCCAGCUGGACUUUCGCUGGCCCGGGCACUCUGGAGAACUGCCUCAAAGAAGGGUGGCUACAGCCGGCUUUGGUCCCGCGAGGAGGCCACUCUUGCAAGGUUUACGGACAGGGAGGUUUUUGACCUUAGGCUCGUCAAGGAUGAGGGUGUCUGCCAUCCUGGGCGCCCCCUUGCCUACUACUUUGACUUCAUUGAGGUCGGCGGGGAGCUGACCAUAGAGUGGCUGAUUCACCUCAUGCGCCAGCGGAAGUUGAGGAGCCUCCUCAUCUUGCCGCCAGUUUCUGACUUUGCUGCUGGCUUUUGGCCUUCGUGGCGCUCGCCAGGCGAGCCAAAGGGACGCCCACCGCUGUCUAAGAGGACUGCCUUCUCCAACGCCCUUGCUCUACGGUGCCUCUCCUUGGCCUUUGCCGCCCUCCAGUUUCAGGUGAUCUUCGUGUUGGUUCAGCCAACGGCCUCGGUCAUGUGCCACCUACCUGAGUGGGGUCGACUUUGCUCACUUGGGGCCUCUCAGUUUGCUUCAUGCACGAGGCUUUCUGGACCGUGCCCCCACGCCCACUUGUUCCUUGCCGCCGGCAUCGACCUUUCUCCUCUUGGCCGUCUUUGCGAUUGCGCCCCCUCCUUUGUACAACCCGGGGCUGCCUCGUCGCGUUCUUCGGCCUUUCUUUCUCCUGUGUUGGCCUCCGCGUUGGCCCAUGAGUUUAGCUGUGCCCUGCGUCGGGUGUCCCAUGUGGAUUCUCAGACCCGCCUCCUCACGGAUGGUCUUGAGAACCUGGUCUUGAAUGACGUCGUGCUUUCCCUGCCUUGGCAUGCUGGUGAUGACUGGCAUUGGCGCUCGUCAGCGCAUAUCAACAUCCUGGAGGCUGCCUCUAUUUUGCGCCUGCUGAAGCGUCUUGCGGCUUUUGGCCCCAGCCGUGUUGUGGUGCUUGUCGAUUCUUCUGUUGCCUUCCACGCCUGUGCAAAGGGCCGCAGCCCUUCCCGUGGCCUCACUCCUGUGCUUCGGAAGAUCGGUGCGGUCAGCCUUGCCUCUGGACUUUUCCCUUCCUACCACUUCGUGCCUACCAGGCUCAACCCGGGAGACUGCCCUACACGAGACCUCCCGCUGCCGCCUGUUGCGCCUUCCUCCUUUUGGCCUUCCCUUUCCGCUGACGAGCUCGGCUCCUUUGCCUGCUCAUCGGGGCGUUCCCGGUCCCGUGCUGCAACAGUGCUUGCCGAGGGCCGGCCCGUGCAGCCAGCGACGCAGAAGAGGAGGGAAAGGCUACUGCAGGCUUUCCAAGAUUGGCUGCAGCAACAAGGGACGUCCUUUGUGGAACUUCUGGAGCUGGAACCGCACGUCACCAAGAAGCUUAACAACUGGCUGGUGCUUUAUGGCCGGCAGCUUUUUGAAGCUGGCUGGCCAUAUUCGCACUUUUCGGAAGUUAUCAAUGCCGUCUCCGCGCGGGAGCCGGCAUUGAGGAGGAGCUUGCAACCAGCAUGGAACCUGGCCUUCACGUGGCUCCGCGAGGAACCUCACAGCCACCACGUGGCCUUGCCCUGGCAAGUUCUUUUAGCUGCUGUUACCACGGCCCUCAUGUGGGGCUGGCCUCGAGUUGCAGGUGUCUUGGCUCUUACCUUCGGCGCUUUAAUGCGCAUAGGCGAGACUUUGGCGUCACGACGAAGCGACUUACUGCUGCCUGAGGAUGUUGGCCACACAGUGUCUUACUGCCUGGUCUCCAUCCAAGAGCCGAAGACAAGGUUCAAGGCCGCCCGGCAUCAGUCGACGAGGCUGGACCAGCCCGACCUCCUUGCAGUGGUCAGGUUGGCCUUUUCAGGCCUGGCUUUCGGCUGCAAGCUCUGGCCCUACAGCGCUUCGACUUUGAGGAGCCGGUUUGAUGCUAUUAUGUCACGCCUCGGCACAGACAAGUGGGAGGGCCAGGGAAAGAGCAAGCUGGACCUUGGCUCCCUCCGGGCAGGGGGAGAAAACCCGGUGCUCGUGUUCACUGGGAAGUUUGCAGACGCAG